UUUUUGCCGACAGCAACCCGUGGCCGAAGCAUCAUGAUGAGCGUGGGGCAGCUCUGCGCCCAGGACCAUGAGAGCGCGAGCGACCUGGAGGACAAGCCGCUGGCGCUGGAGAAGAAGAAGGCGAGCCAGAAGCGCCGGCGUGAGUACAGCCCCAAGCCGUCCGAGGACGAGCUCGACACGGCCGACACCAACGACGACGACGACGAAGACGACGACGACGACGACUUGAGUGGUCGCAGCGACAACGAGCGCCGUGGCAGUGACCACAACCGCUGGUAUUGCAAUGUGUGCAAGGACGGCGGCGAGCUCCUCUGCUGCGACCGGUGCCCGCGCGCGUUCCACACGGCGUGUCUGACCAUGGACCCGGAUGACGUCCCGUCGCCCGACAGCAACUGGUACUGCAAACUGUGCAGCGACACGCUCGAGCGCCGAAAGGCCAAGCGUGACGUCAAGGAGAUGCGCCGCAAGCGCCGCGAGGAAGAGAAGCGCCAGCGCGAACUGGCCCGCGAAGAGAAGCAGCGGGCCAAGGACGAAGCGUCCGCGCGCCGCAGCGCAAAGGCCCUCGAAGACAAGGCCAAGCGCGUCCUCGACAUGAAGGAGCGCAUUGUCAAGAAGCAAAAGGUCACGUACAAGGACCGCGAAGAAGAGAAGCUCGGGAAGAUCGCCGAGAACCUCGCCGAGACCAUUCGACAGGCCAAGGAGCGCCUCGACAAGCUCGAGAAGGAAGACUUGGCACUCCGGAAGCGCGAGCAGGCGCUGACCAAGAAGCGCGGGUACCCGAUCGAAGACCUCGACGUGGUGCCCGACGACGACGCCCCGCCGGCGCCCCGACCGACGCCGGUACCCUGCAACUUUGGCGGUCUUCCCUCCAGCGUCUUCCACGACCUCUUGCCGGUCUGGGACUUUAUCUACUCGUUCCACGACCUCCUCGGCCUCUCGCCCAUCUCGAUCGAGCAGCUUUGCAGCGCGCUUGCGACCUCGGACGCCAUGACGACGAUCGUGAGCGAAGUGCACAUGGCGCUUCUCGAUUUGAUUUUAGAAAACCGCGAGGACGCGAGCUACGUGCCCGAAGAAGAAGACGACAUGGACGCUAUGGACCGGUACCGGUACGAGGUCGUCCACGCGCCGCUCACGGUUGGUGUGCCCACCUCCAACAUGCUCAAUUUCAUCUCGUGGCCAUCGGUGCUGCGUCAUCUCAUCUGCGCCGUGCCUCGCUACUACAACAACGCGUCGGUCGACCUCCGCGCGGCCGUCGACGGCUUGGCCCAGCACGAGAUUUAUACGCUCCCGAUCGCACACAAGGUCGCAUUGCUUCGGUUCCUCGUGACGCUCGCGUACAGCACGACCAAGGUCGGCCACGUCAUCAAUUACAAUGCGACCGAGCGCGUCGAGGCAGCCAAGGAGCACAGCCGCAUGCUCUUUCAUGAAAAGCGCGCCGCCGCCGAAGAAGACAAGAAGCUCAAGGAGCUCCAGCGCGCCGAGAAGGCCCGCGCGGCGUCCGAGCAAAAGACGGCCAUGAGCUCGUGGCUCAAAAGUGGCAAGAAGGGCGCCCCGCCGCCGACGAAUCACGAUGACGACAAGAGCGUCAGCGAGAACGCGUCGGUCGCGUCGACGAGCGACCAUGACGACACGAUGGACUCGGACGAAAGCAGCGGCACGGACGAAGAAGAGACGUCGCUCAAGGAGAUGCAAGCCAACGGCGUCAUUUCGCGCCAAGAGUACCUCUCGCGCCGGAAGAAGCUCCAGGCAGAGAAGGACGAGAAGCGCCGGGUCCGGCUCGAGAUGCGCAAGCGCCAAAAGCAAAAGGAACAAGUGGCUCGGAAGCGCCAGCUCGUGUCGGAAGAACUGCACGUGGCCAUGGACAUUCGCGACGUGGAGCGACUGCGGUCCUCCCUCAAGUCGGCACGGGACCUCGGCAUGCACUCGAAGCGCGCGUCGCGCAAUGGCGAGCCCGCGACCGCCGCCGACAUCAAGCUUGUGGAAGACGCCGACGAGUUUCUCGAGCGCCUCGAAGCCGACUUGGUCAAGGAGCAAGAGAUGGAAGAGCGCAAACGCGCGUUUGACACGACGAUGCGCCAGUUUUUUGUGCGCACCGAGCCGAUCGGCAAGGACCGGCGCAAGGACAAGUACUGGGUCUUUCGCGGCGACGCGUGCCGCGUCUACGUUGAGAACGAAAAACACGAGUGGGCCUACUACGACCGUUUGGACGACGUCAAGGCGCUCGCCGCCGCCCUCGAUGCGCGUGGGACGCGUGAGCACCAUCUGAAACUCGAACUCGCUUCGGUUCUCGAGACGACGCUGACGCCAGUGGAAGAAACCGACGGCGCAUGGACCAACAAGGCGCGGUCGUGGUCGGCGCAGCUCUUGCCCAACAUGUCGGUCGAAGACCUUGUCGCGCAGCUUGUGCACCUCGAGAGCUGGCUCUCGAAGCACUUGGAGGACAAGGCGUCCGAGUCGUGGACGACGGCCACGAAAGAGGCGUGGCUCAAGACGGUGCAAGCGUGCACGAGCGGCAAGGACCUCGUCGCGCCGCUUCUGGCUAUCGAGCGCCAAGUCACGGGUGCCCACAUGCCCAAGCUCCUCGAGGACAACAAGGACGACCGCGAUGAUGUCGACAUGGAGGACGACGACGACGACGAAGACGACGAUGAGACGUUUGUGGAAACAGGGCUCUGGCCUUCACAGCAGGCACGCGACCGGUGGGUCGCAACUGUCAGAUCGAGUACGACGCUGUCGAGCGUCGGUUUGGCGCUCGCAUCGUUUCAACAGCGUAUGGACAUCAUUGGGCUCUCCGAGUCGAGCGUCGCGCGCAGAAGCAUCAAGAAAGAAAAGGAGGAGAGCAAGAUGAAGGACGACCCGGACACGCCCCAGAAGGAACCGCGUCCGUCCAAGGCCCACGAGUGGGAAGAAUACUGCUGCAUCUGCGGCGACGGUGGCGAGCUCCUCUGCUGUGAUGGGUGCCCGCGGGUCUUUCAUUACACGUGCGUGGGCUUGCGCCGCGUGCCACGCGGCAAGACGUUUUGCCCGCACUGCGACAAGAGCGUCAAACCCGUGUACCCGGUGGUGCGGAGAGCCAACCUCGAGCGCGAGUCAAAGGCCAAGGCCGAGCCGCUGUCGCCAACGACGACGUCGACGACGAUGGACAUCAAGACAACGUCAACGCAGCAGUGGGACUCGUACUGCAACGACUGCGGCGCCGGAGGCACGCUCCUUCUCUGCGACGGUUGCCCCAAGGCGUUCCACGCGGCGUGUCUCGAGCUCGACGAGGACGAUCUGAGUCCUGGCGAAGACUGGUUUUGUUCCGAGUGCGAGAAUCAGUCGUGCGGGCAGUGCAAGCGCGGCCGCAUUCGCAUGGACUCGCAUGUCAUUUGCGGCUCGGAGGACGGUACGCGCGGCUGCGAGCGCGUCUUCCACUUGAAAUGCGUCAAGCUCUCGGCCGUGCCAGCGGACGACUGGUACUGCAAAAAGUGCCAGAAGCAGCUCAAGUAGCUCCAUAUAUAUACCCCAUCGUCCUUCUCUGUACGCCAACUGUGCUACUACGUCGAGUCGAGAAACGC